AUGCACUCCGGCGAGGCUACGAUAUUACUACGCGCCGAGCACGCCGCGCCCGACCUGGAGCUACUGCGCCUGCGCCGCUUCCGCAUGCCUCGCGUCGCGCCUGCGCACUCCCGUCUGCGCCGUCUGCUCGAGUACGAGCCGCGCAUACAGCGCGACGCCGACGACGACAAGCCCGCCGAGUCAGAACUCCGGCCGAAGCUGGAGGGGGACGAGGCGCGCGUCAAGGACGAGGCGCGCGUCAAGGACGAGCCCAAGGAGGAGGCGAGCACGUCGGAGUCGGCGGGCUCGCUGGCGGCCGCCAUCAUCCGGCGCGCCGUGCUGCUGUGUCGCGCCUCGCUGUACCCGGGGCUGCACACCAUCAUCGCGCCGCCCGCCGCGCCGCCGCCCGAGUGCGCGUGGUGCGCGCGGCACUACGCGGCGCGGCGCUGCCUGUGGUACGGGCCGCCGCGCGAGCCGGCGGCGGCGGCGCGCGUGUGGCGGCGCGCGCGCGGCCGGCGCUACCUGUGCGCGUGCUGCGGCGGCCCGGACGCGCCGCGCGCCGACGCGGACGACGGCGGCUGGUACGGCAAGGGCUACCGCAAGGGCCGGCGCCGCCGCAGGUAG